CGUCCGGCAGCCAGCGACGUCAGGCCGGCUGUGCUGAGCGCGCCCACUGUACUUGAGCGACCGUCGCCAGCCCUUCACGCAGUACCACGCGCUAUGAACGCUGACCAAGUGAACGUUUUACAGCGAUCAAAACAAUUCUUGAACAUUUACAAAGUUUGUGUUAAUUGGAUAAAUGUCAUAGAACUGCACAACAUCAAUUAAAUGACUGUGGGGUAUUUUGAAUGAUAAUUAAUACGUAAAAAAAAAUCACGCAUUCGGGAAAGCACUGGAAAUAUUUGACAGUAGUGAAGAUCACAGAACUUUUUUUCCGUCGCUGCUAUACAAGAUAUUGAGAGCUGGUUUCUCCGGACUGCCAGCCCGACCCAUCUGGCCACCCUGCCCGACCCAUCUGGCCUCCCAGUCCGACCCAUCUGGCCUCCAAGCCCGACCCAUCUGGCCUCUACGACACAAGAAAUGUGAAAAAUAAACAUAACAAGGGAUUGUGUGUCCUCUUGAGAACCAUAUGAAAAUGUCUGUACGGAUGGUAGUUAAUUAAUCACACUACUGUUUACUCUAAUCAACGUUUAUACAAUGUUUCAAUGAACAUUUUCCGUGGUAACAAGGAUUAGACCAUCGUGUUCAAAAUUGGUGACAUGAUAUAGCCCUCUGUCGUUACCGCGCGGCUGUAGCUUGUUCCAUUGACUUGUAUACAGUUACAAAACGUGUCAAGGUAGUUGUUACAAGCCAGUGAUUAGGACUGAUAGCAGUAGUCGGCAGGCAAGUGUUAUGGAUGCGACGACGGUGGCGUCCUCAGGAGCCGCCAGCAGAGACACACUUGAGAGUCUGUUAACUCCGAAAAGUGUGUUGUGGUCCGGUCAAAACAUGUCAGCGAUUCAUACCAACACAGAGACGCCUGUGGGUCCUCACGGGCCGCCCGACGGGGCCACCUCGUCGACAGCUGUACAGGGAAACAGGACAGGUGUCAUGGACAGCUUCACCACUGUAUACACGUCCUUGAACGAGACGGAAUCUACCAUGACAGACUUGCUGACUCUCGGCUCAGAUGUAUCUCAGCAGGCCUCCAGUUUCCUCCUGCUCAAUCACACCUCCAACGACACCUCCUCAUUGGGUCAACUAGAUGUGGACUUGGAUAACCUGAACGGUUCAUUCGGGUUAAAUUACAGCGAUUACGACCUCUCGCUGGACGACCUCCUGUACCGUCACUCCAUCAACACCGGGGCGCUCCUCGGCCUCAGUUACGUCAUCGUCUUCAUUCUGGGCCUCGUCGGCAACUGCUUCGUCAUCGCUGUCGUCUUCAGAACUCCGCGCAUGCGCACACCCACCAAUUACUUCAUCGUUAACUUGGCCUUCGCAGACGUCUUAGUGAUCGUCUUCUGUCUCCCCGCCACUCUCCUCUCUAACAUCUAUUAUCCCUGGAUGCUGGGCUGGAUCAUGUGUAAGUUGGUGGCUUACGUUCAGGCUGUGUCUGUGUCGGCCUCUGUCAACUCCCUGGUGGCUGUCUCACUCGACAGGUUCCUGGCCAUAUGGUUCCCGCUGAAGCUGCAGAUCACCACGGAGCGAGCCAGGGCCCUCAUCGUGGUCAUCUGGAUCAUGGCCGUGGGCUCGGCUAUCCCUUACUACGUCUACUUCGAGACUCAGAUCUUCGACCCAGACGUUCCCGAUCUCAUCGUCUGCGUUGAGAUGUGGCCGAGCAGAGAGGCCGAGCGUCUGUACUUCCUGAUCGCCCACCUGCUCUUCUGCUACCUGCUGCCUCUCGCCCUCAUCAUCUUCUUCUACGUCAUGAUCUGGAUCAGGGUGGCCAGGAGGACCAUCCCAGGAGACACCAGGGAUGCUGCGGUCCACCAGAUGCAGCAGCGGAGCAAGGUGAAGGUGGUGAAGAUGCUGGUGGUGGUGGUGAUCAUCUUCAUGCUCUCCUGGCUCCCUCUCUACGUCAUAUUCAUCAGGAUCAAGCUGGGUGAUGAGCUUGGGGAGAUGGAGGGAGCGAUCUUGGCCAUCAUCACACCCAUAGCUCAGUGGCUGGGAUCAUCAAAUUCCUGCAUCAACCCCAUUCUCUACGCCUUUUUCAACAAGAAGUACCGCAACGGCUUCCUGGCCAUCGUCAAGAGCCGGUCGUGCUGCGGGACCCUCCGCUACGACUCUUACUCCUACUCCACGACGCGACGGUCGUACUACCCGUCGUACCGGUCCACUAUCCGGCCAGAGGCUGGCACCGUCGACUCCAUCAACCGUCAGAAGACCAGCCCGGCCAACGUGUACACGCUGGAAGGACGCGCCAAUCCUCGCACCAGAUACCACACGGGGCGCCCUCGGUCGCUAGCUAACGGUCUCAGCCCCGCUCUCCACCUCGCUGAUAACUUCACUACCAACCCCGGCAUGGAGCAGAGACGCCCUCGACCCACCUCCGUCUUGGGAGGCAUUGAGGUGGUGGAAGUUGACGACCAGAGCCACAGCUAUCCGGAGACUAACAUCCCCUUCACUAACGGCAAGCUCGACGCCGUAGAUUGAAUUCGAAACGCUUGUGAUUGAAGAAAUUGAUAGUCGGCCAUCACGGCUCGCUGCGGCGCCCUUCUCUACUCCAAAAAUUUUGCUUACCCUUCUUCCUGUGUGGCGAUUUAUCUCAGUCGGAAAACCUGGAAGUUUCUCAGCCUUUGGGGUUUACGGGAUAAGGAGGAAACCUCCUCAUGCGGUGCCUUUCCACCUUUCUCCCACCUUCCUAGUUCACUAAUUCUCUACGACUCCUGCAAGAAGCACGACCCAACUAUCGUAGUAAGACAAUCUAUACCUCAUUACUUAGACGGAUGAAUUGACUUGUGAUCCCUCUAAUUACAAUGAUUUUUUCCGGAAAGCUAAGAUUCUGUACAUACAGGCAGCUGAGAGCUGCAUACAGGGAGCUGAGAGCUACAUACAGAGCUGAGAGCUACAAACAGCAGCUGAGAGUUACAUACAGCAGCUGAGAGCUACAUACCAGCAACUGAGAGCUACAUACAGGCAGCUGAGAGCUACAAACAGCAGCUGAGAGCUACAUACAGCAGCUGAGAGCUACAUACAGCAGCUGGGCGCUACAUACAGACAGCUGAGAGCUACAAACAGCAGCUGAGAGCUACACACACAGCUGAGAGCUACAUACAGCAGCUGAGAGCUGCAUACAGGCAGCUGAGAGCUGCAUACAGGCAGCUGAGAGCUACAUACAGGCAGCUGAGAGCUACAUACAGAGCUGAGAGCUACAUACAGGCAGCCGAAAGCUACAUACAGAGCUGAGAGCUACAUGCAGGCAGCUGAGAGCUACAUACAGCAGCUGAGAGCUACAUACAGAGCUGAGAGCUACAUACAGGCAGAGCUGAGAGCUACAUACAGGCAUCUGAGAGCUACAUGCAGGCAUCUGAGAGCUACAUACCAGCAGCUGAGAGCUACAUACAGCAGCUGAGAGCUACAUAACAGCAGCUGAGAGCUACAUAUAGAGCUGAGAGCUACAUACAGCAGCUGAGAGCUACCAGAGACCCAGAAGACGCCCUCACCCCCACGGGGUGCAGGUGUGGCCGUCAACGACCAUUUUGUGUACGUAGGAAUGUAGUACACUCUUGUACUCACCUAGUUGUGCUUGCGUGGGCUCAGCUUCGGCUCUCUGGUCCCGCCUUUCAACCAUCAAUCAACUAGGAUAUACAUAGAGACUUGAUCAGUAUGCAGUGUGAAUCUGUAUAUAUCAUGUGAUACUACUAUAUGGAAAUUUUGCAUUAUACAAUAGUGUAAAAUACUUAUUGAAUUCUAUAAUCAAUCUGGAAUAUAUAUUAUAGAUUUUCUUCUGUAAUGAU